GGCCGCCGGAAGUUGCGAGGCUUCCGUUGCCUUCGUUCGCUUGUUUUUAAAAGCGCGAGGAACCGUUGGCGGUUGGCGAAGCGAAUCCCUCAGUGGUGCCCACCUGAGAGGUGCCGGAGUUGAGUUCGGGCGACUUCUGGCUGAAAAAGCCCCGUCUGUGACCCAAAGUUGCUGUGACCUGGGAACCAUGAGUGGGGAGAAUGCUGCUGUUAUGCUCAGCUUCUGCUUUCAGGCUUCCCACAGACCUUCUGAUUGUUGGCUGCUGCAAGAACAGACCUGAUCCAGCAGGCUCUUCUGUUCUUGUGCAGCAUUGAAAUGAGGAGGACUGCCAGCAGCAUAGUACGCUGCCCAUAUUUAGACAGAUGAUGCUAGCUCCUUUGAUACUGUGUGUAAUCCUGCUGAUAGGAGGGAGUGAAACUCAAAAUGAUGACUGGAUUGAUCCAACAGACAUGCUGAACUAUGAUGCAGCUUCAGGAACCAUGAGAAAGCCUGAUAAGUUACUGCAGGUGAACCAGGAUGAUUCUGAAGAUAAGAAAGUUCCCCAAAAAUCAGUGGUAAAAGAAAAUACUGUGGAUGUUUCCAUAUGCCAAAAGCAACUAGAUUCUUUAAUUCUUAAGCUUGAAGAAUAUGAAAAGAAAGAUAAAGCCAAGUUAUAUGAAAACAAUAGCAUCCAUGUUUUUAAGAGAUAUUUGAAUAAGAUUUUAAUUGAAGCUGGAAGACUUGGUCUUCCUGAUGAUAACACUGGAGAUGUGCAUUAUGAUGCUGAGAUCAUCCUUACAAGACAGACAUUUAAUGAAAUCAACAGGUUCCUUAAGGAAGAGGGCUGGAAAUCAGCUGCUUUGGAUGAUGCACUCAGUGAUAUUCUGAUUAACUUUAGGCAUCAUGAUGCUGAAGUUUGGAAAUGGAAGUUUGAGGACACAUUUGGGGCUGAUGCAUACAAUGUCUUUAUGGUACUUCUGUGUUUAGUGUGCAUUUCAGUAAUAGUUGCUACAGAACUAUGGACACGCAUUGGUUGGUUUACACAGCUAAAACGUGUUUUAUUCGUAAGUUUUCUCAUCAGUUUUGGGUGGAACUGGAUGUACCUAUAUAAGGUAGCCUUUGCUCAGCAUCAAGCUGAAGUGGCAAAAAUGGGAAAAUUUGAUACUGUAUGUGCUGAGAAGAUCCGCUGGAGUGAUGGUCUAAUAGAAUGGUUUAGAAGCUCGAUGACGUUCCAAGAUGAUCCUUGUCAAAAGUAUUAUGAAACCGUAUUAGUGAAUCCUAUUUGGCUUGUUCCUCCAACAAAGGCAUUGGCUGUUACAUUUACCAAUUUUGUAACAGAGCCAUUGAAGCACAUAGGUCAAGGAAUUGGUGAAUUUAUUAAAGCACUCAUGAAAGAGAUUCCAUUGCUGCUACAUAUUCCAGUGCUGGUGAUCAUAGCAAUAGCAGUUUUGGGUUUCUGCUUUGGGGCUGGAAGCUCAGUGAAUGCGCUAAGGAUGUUAAGCUACUCAGACAAGCGGCCACCUCCAGCACUUCCUCCAACAGAUGAACAGCCGCCUGCACUUCCUCCAAGGGGCAAACAGCCACCUCCUGCACUUCCUCCAAGGGGUAAACAGCCACCUCCUGCACUUCCUCCAAGGACCAGAGCAAUACAAGAACAAAUGCUACAUCUGCAGCCAAAUGAUGCAGGUGAAAAUGGUGUCAACAUUAUAGAAAAUAUGGAGAAUACGUACAAUAUUUACUCGAUCAAGAGAGGACCUUAUGACAGAGGAGAUGCUUCAGUAAAGUCUUCAGAGGAAGUAAAUUUACAAACAAAAAGAGAAAAAAAGAACAGUGAAGACUGUCCUAGUGGAUUAGAUACCAAACCAGGUGAUCAAGCUACUGAUAGAAUAGAGAACAGCACAGAUCAAAGCCUGGUUGAACUGGACAGACCUAGCCACAUACAAGAAUUUACAAGAGGCAAUGAAGAUGAAACAAAAUGUAACUUUAAAGAGGACAGGAGUGUGCAGCAAGAAGUUCCGGAUAUAACAGGAUGUAAGAAGAGAGAGAGCCACUCAUGUGAAUUAGAAGAACCUACAGAGAAGAUUGUAGAACAUUUGAGCUUUACAGAACAAAAACAAACCAAUUGCCCCAUUCCCAGUGCUCUUAUUCAACAACUUUCUGUAUUACUGGAUGUAUUAGAUGGUAAUCUUAUGACCCAGUUCUGUUCAUAUUUACUUGAGAACAAGUCCUACUAAGUUUGAGUAAUGGUGCAUAGGAUUAGUUAGAUUCUUUGGUAAAAACAGCUGCCUAGAGCGAUUUGCCCAAGUGUGUUUAAUGAGACUGACAGCAUUCUUUAAAUAACAGCAUCUUGGCCACGGUGGAAGAUGAUAUUAAGCUGAAGAGAGCAGCAAUGUUCUGCUUCAGUUUCCAUCACCAAUUCUCACCAAAACUCAUUUCCCCAUGUAGAGUUUAAAUUGCAUGUGUGCAAACAUAAAUGCAUCUGGAGUGGAGGGAAUAGGGAAGGGCUAGCUGGGGUAAAGGUUGGCAUAGCAGUGAGCCUUGGCCUCCUAUACAUUUAAAAACAAUGGCACUGUAGUCUGUGUUUGAAGAUGUCAUAGUUUUAUCCUUCUACCAUUACAAAAAGUACCAGGAUAGUGGUUUUGCCCUUUACAGAUUACUAAAAGUAUGCUUCU